GUUCGAUCACGUGCCGUCGGAUGCAGAAAGAACAACUUCUCAAGACUUGGCGAAUUCUCCAAAAAAUACAUCACCUUGGACCCCUUGCUGUUUGUUGAAUUUGGCGCAUCCGUGGGAUCCUGAACUUCCAUCCCCGGAACCAACAUGGCUCCGAAGCCGCACACCAGCCCGGCGGCCCACGCCGCACCGCCCUGGGUGCUGCCACGCCGCCCCAGUCCACCGGCGCGGCUGCGCGUGUCGCCGCGCUCGCCGUGGUCGCCGGGGUCACCGAAGAUGGUGGCGCCCACGUCGGUGGUGAUGGUGCCACCCAUGCCCAUGGCCACCGGAUGGGGGUGGAAGCCCAAAGAGGAGGAGAAGCGCUGGUGCCUGGGUGGAUUGGGAAGCCUUGGCGGAAAGGAGAAGGACAGUCUCACCUCCAAGGCACGUGAGGCCUUACAACCCACCAAGUGGCCGACAGUGACUCCCUGCAACGAGAACGGCCAGACGCUGGAGGCGGAACGCGACGUGCCGAAGGACGCCGCCGCCGGGCCGAAGGCCGAGGAGAACGCUGAGAACGCCGAGAACGAGCGUGUGCUUUUCACAUGUCGCGAUGGCUUGCCGUUGGACUAUGAUGCCGUGAGUGAGGAGACCUGGCGCGAGUUCGAUGAGUCCUUGAGGCGUUUGGAACAGGCCGAAAACUAUCUCCGCGGCAUGAUCAAGGGGCUCACUAUGGCAGAGGGCGGGAGUGAAAGGACCAAGGCAGCCCCACUGGAGAAGAAGAUCAUCAGCCGCGGUUUGGUGGAGAACUGCCCCGACCUGGUUCGAGCCCCCGCCGUCGCCGCGGCCGGACUCGCGGCGAACCGUCCGUUCGCGCCGGGCGAGCGGCUCGUGGCGCGGCGACCCUUUGGAGAAGUGAACCUGGGCGGCGCCGGCGCGGGCUCUGGCAGCUCCGGUUUCAACGGCCUCGGCACGAAGCCGGUGAGGUACAGAGCCACGAUUUACUGAGGCCAGGGAGGCAAAGAGUGUGUGUGUGUGUGUCGGUUUUCCCGGAAGUGUGGAGAUCGACCUUGGAUGGGCCUCAGUUUUUUUUCCGAAAGCGAUGGCUCAGUAGUAUGCUCCGUAGGCGCCCAGGCAGGUUUGGGGGAGAUGUGAAGUCGACAUCUCAAAACAGUUUGGACCUGCUGUAAUUUGACGAUCAGAUCGACAGAAGUUCUGCAAGCGGCCCUGUUCAUUUGGCACGCGGACAAAAAAUGGCCGAACUUGGCAACGAAGCG